UAUCUCCCGUCCCCAUUAACAGCUGAUGCCAUAAAACUCGUGAUCCUGUCCAUACUAUCAAUAAUAAAACACGAAAACAUUGGGUGAAUCACCAAAAUUCUCCUUUCAACUUCUGAUUUAAUUGUUUUGGGGGAUGAGUUGACGUGCUGAUGAUUUUUCGGUGGACAGGGGGUCAAACUGGGGUAGAAUUGCGCAGGCUUUUUGGGGGGAGCAUAACCUCAAAUACGUGACAGGUCAAUAGAUGAGGUCAAGGGGGUUCACUUCGCGGUCCAGUUGGGGUCUAUUCGGUCUAUUGUUUUAAGGUUUGUUGUGAUUUUUUUUUCUCUUUUCGGAGAUGAUGAAUGAGGAGGCUGGGUGCGGGGAGCUCCAGCAGCUGGUGCAGGAGGAGGAGGGCGACGAGCCCUUGAGUCGCGGGGGAGAGGCCACUCCACCCUCGACACCUGCCAGAUCGCACAGGGCCAGCAAGACUGAGGGAAAUGCCUCGCAGAAUUCUCAACAAGUGUUGUGGGGCAGCAAUGCCCAGACCUCCCCCAUCAUCAGCAAAGCUAGUUCUGGGCAGGGAACGGCUAGUCAGGGCUCGAUGGUAUCAGGAAGGGCCCACAACUCCUCCUCAGGGCAUGGGGGCAAUUACUCCAGGCAUGUUUACCUGAAUGAAAAGGAGAAACACAAACCGACUAGGCCGGAUCCACCCAGGAGAGGGCAGCACAGAGUGGUCACAGCACCUCCAUGCAGGCAUCAUUGCUUUUUGUCAGAGGUACCUGACGUCAGGAGAAUGGAGCAAGCACUAUUGCAGCUGUUGAAGGAUUUUCACAGUGGAAAUCUUCAGGCUUUUGGAAAAGACUGCAGUAUGGAGCAGAUGAUAGAAAUUCGUGAGCAGCAGGAGAAGCUCGCAAGAUUGCACUUUGAAUUGGGUCAGCGUCAGGAUGGAGUUGGGAAUGAGACUGCGGGUCUUAGGCAGUCCAGUGCCAACAUGAGGCAUCUUCUUCACAAGCUCCAGCAGCUGAGUGUCUGCAUUGAGAAGCUCCACAGUAAAUAAAUCCUUUCUCGGUGACAGAUGAACUAAAUAUUGACGAUUAAAUAUUUUAUUUAUAAUAAUAAGUAAUAAAUUGAUUACUAAAAUCCA